ACUAUAUAUUCAGAUGCCACUCCGCCGCAAAUCCUUAUUACCAGAUUAAGCCAGCAAGACACCGCCGUUUGCUCACAACAAUUAUACGGAUCGAGUACGUACUUGUAGAGCGAGCUAGCUUGCUAUUACGUUCACCAGCAGCACCAGCAGCCGGCGGAGACGAACGAAGAUGCCGAGCCACUCACCGGCGGCGGUGUCUCCAUCGACGAUGCAGCGCCACCACGGGCUGCAGGGCCCCCGACCGGCUACGCUCAAGGUCACCAACAAGGCGGACCUGCAGGGCAGGAAGAAGCGGCCGGUGCAGCAGCAGCAGCAGCAGCCGGUGAUCAUCUACGUGGAGUCACCCAAAGUCGUGCACGCGCAACCCAGCGAGUUCAAGUCCGUCGUGCAGCGCCUCACCGGUGCUCCACCGCCGUCAUCAUCGUCGUCCAUGCUCCUCUCAUCAGCAUCAUCCCUUCUACCGCUACAGCCACAGUUCCCGUUGCAGUUGUACGGGCAGCUGCCUUUGGUGGCGAGUUCGUCCCUGUGGUCGACGACGACGACAGUGGCGGCUGCCCCGGCCACGCCGGCGGCCUCCUGUCUGCCUGCUGAUGCCGCGGCCAGCAUCGUUAGAAGCCUCGGCUUCUUCAUCAGUGACGAUCAGCUGAUGAGCCCCGCGGCGUUCCUAUACGAUCAUCAGAGUCGUCAGAGCAUGAUGGCGGCUGCUGGUCCUGCAGGUGCGGCGGUCCAGACGCCAAAUCCUCUCCUUGUGCCGUCGUCUCUUGGCGCGUGUUAUCAGGGGGAUCUCUUCGUCAACCAGCAGUAACUAAUAUAUAUAUAUGUAUGUAUACAUGUAAAGAUAUAUAGGCGUGUCAUGUACAUGUUACGUUGGAGUAGCACUUGAUUGGUACACACGAGCUAAGCUAGCUGAGAGUUUUGAUGAUUCUGUAAAGAUAGAUUCCGCCAUGCAUGAGUUCCAUCAUCUUACAUGUAAGUACAAGCUGAUGCAUGCAUUGUCUAAUAAAUGAGUUUAUGAUAA